GGCCUCUAUUUUCGCACACCUUAUUAUAGUUCCUUUCAUGUAAUUAGGGAAAUAGUCCAUGAGAGAGCGAACUCCAUCGCGCGUGUUCACUCGAUUUCCCAAUUAAUCCCAAUUAUCCCCAAACACGAUCGCAAAGCGAGAUAAAAACUCCACAGGCCCCACAAACGAGAGUUCAAUAAAAUAUCUGUUCUGAUUGUCGUUUAAACCCCGUUUAAUCAGUCAUUCUCCGAUCAUCGAUGUUAUCAAUAGUCACAGCCGUCUAUUAUCAAUCAGUCACAGCUAUCUAAUCCCCAAUAUUUGAGAUAAUAAAUCAAUGAUAAACUUUCUCCACAACGACAUGAUAAUUGUUACCAGUUCUUUGUGAUAAAACGUCGCCUGUCGUGUGGAGAAUUUGUUCCAAGUCUAUUUCGUUUUACACAAAAACUGGAUGGAAUUAUAAAUAAAUCGAAAAGUGACGCAUCCGAAAGAUCAACACUCGAGUGCACCACAGUGACCAGCCACAACGGGGCGAAAUAAUUUUUCGUCACUCCUUUUUUUUUGCCAUAGGUCUUUCAGUGAUUAAGAUUCAGCGGAGAUAGAAAAUACUCGAAUGGCCACUGACAACGAUGGUAACCGUGUCAUAGCUUAUCGGUGAUGUUGCUCUGUUGAUGCUACCGUUCUGAGACCAACUGUGGUAGGAAUAUCGUGUGUCCGUUGGAUUAACAAUCUCGAAUCAGUCUCGCACCGGGACCGGCACCGAUAACAGCACAUUUUUUUUUCAUUUCGUAUAAUUCAUGUAAUUUUUGUCAGUGGCUCGCGAUUACCCGCUUUCAAAAUUACCUCACGUUACGCGUUAAUUUUCCACAUUUUCAGUCGAUUUAACACGCUAUCGGUAGUUUAACAUUCGUCAGCGCGUUGUGUUGCAUUGUGUUGUUUGAAAAAAAUGGCAGAGGUGAAGCCGGAAAAGUCAGAGAAGAAGGUCGAACUCAAGCGGGAACUGGGAUUGUUCAGCGCUGUUAAUUUCAUUCUCGCUGUUAUGAUAGGGUCCGGAAUAUUUGUUUCGCCGACGAGUGCGUUGGAGCGUUCAGGCUCCCUAGGAUUCUGCCUGAUAAUCUGGGCGUCCUGUGGUAUCCUCUCCUUGCUAGGAGCCCUGGCUUUCGCCGAGUUAAGCACCGUAGUACCACGUUCCGGGGCCGAAUACGCUUACUUCAUCGAGGCCUACGGCCCCCUUCACCCCUACUUCGGCAACCUCCCCGCAUUUAUCUGUUCCUGGGUCUAUGUUGUCAUCCUCCGGCCAGCGGAAGUGGCAGUGAUAAUGCUGACGUUCGCUGAGUACAGCAUCCAACCGUUCCACGAGCUACUCCCCAAGGACAUCGCCCCUGAGACGAUGGCCACCGUCAAGAAGCUCAUUGCCCUCCUCGCCCUGGGAGUUAUCACCUACAUAAACCUGACAAGUGUCAAGCUCUUCGUCAAGGUGCAGAACAUCUUCGUGGCGUGCAAGGUAUUGGCCUGCCUCAUCGUCAUAGGGGGAGGAGUUUACUGGCUGUCGAUGGGCAACACCCAACUCCUGAAAGACCCCUUUAAAGGCACCACUAGCUCCCCAGGGAACAUUGCCCUGGCAUUCUACAGUGGCCUGUGGGCCUACGACGGCUGGUCCUCGGCAGCUGUCGUCACCGAGGAGGUCAAGAGACCGGAGGUGAAUAUUCUCAGGAGCAUCAUCAUCGCCGUUCCCAUCAUCACGGUUCUCUACGUCUCCAUGAAUCUCGUCUACAUGUCUGCCCUGUCCAUUCCCGAAAUGAUAGCAGCACCAGCUGUGGCUGUCACCUGGGCUGAAAGAGUUCUCCCCGGAUGGCUGGCAGUGACAAUUCCCCUUGGAGUCGCCAUCUCCACCUUCGGCUGUGCCCUCAGUCUGCAGUUCAGCGUCUCCAGAUUGUGCUAUGUGGCCGGACGCGAAGGACACUUCCCCAGGGUCUUCAGUUUCGUCCACGUCAGCAAGAUGACGCCUGCUGCUGCUGUUGUUUUUCAGGGAUUCUUCACUGUUGCUUGUGUUCUUGCUGGAGAUAUCACCACUCUCAUUGAAUUCGCUACUUUUCUCAUAUGGAUUUUUUAUGGACUCGCCAUGGGGGCUCUUCUCAUCAUGAGGAGGACCAAACCCCAGGCCAACAGACCCUACAAAGUGCCCACUGUCAUCGUUUGGUUGGUUCUGCUGCUCGCUGUCUUCCUCGCUGUUGUACCUAUUGUUGCCGAACCUUCGUGGAAGUAUCUCUUUGCACUGCUGUUCAUUUUCUUAGGAGUUGCGGUAUAUCAUGCUUAUGUUUUUAAGAAGAGGAGCAGUAGGAUUAUACGUAAAUUUACAUACAUCACCCAGAUUCUGUGCCUCAUCGUAGCUCCAGAAUCGGUAAACGAAGACUGACGAUAAUUUUAAUGAUAGGAAGAUAUCAUGUAGAACUAAAAAUAAGUUAAAAUAUUUUUUUAUAAAAAUUUCUCAACACCUUGUUUACAACGAUAACGAAGAUAUGUAUCAGAUAUAAUUUUUUGUAUAUAUACGUGAAUGGGAGUGCCGUUUGUCAGCUCGAAGAAAACAUUGUAACAUUUGUAAAAAAUAUAAUUGAGUCUUUUCUAGAUAA